AGUGACCACCAAUUCUGAGAUAGAGACAUGAUUGAUCAACUUCAACUUUCUCAUUUUCUCACCUCUUGUUUUGAAAUUACUCAUCCUUCUAACUCCUAUUUGCCUAAUUUUCUUUGGCUUUUGAAUGCUACUAGACCAACAAGUAUACUUAACAUUUAUGAUUUAUGCAUGUCUGCAUAUAAUUAGACCACAAUUAGGCCAGAGUGUUGGUUUAGUCCUGUUACUUUCCUAACCUCUUUCUCAAGCUCUGUUCUUCUCCCUCAAGAUCUUGUGGCAACAUAGCAUGAAGGGAACACUGGAAAACGACGAUGUGAAAAACGUGGAUGAAGAGAAGGAUGAGAGUUCUACUGAAACUAGUUGCAGGUUUAGGUUUUGGUGGAAUGAUGAUCAGAGUUUUUCCGCGAAAACCAUGGUGCAGAAACUGAAGACAGGAGCUCUGACAAGUACAAUACUGUUUAGUUUAUUUAUGUUUAUCGGAACCUUCUUGGCGACCCGGUGGCUAGAUGUUUCUAUUUUUUCAGGUGAUGCAUUUCAGAAUUCUAUUUUUGCCUCCAAGAAUGGUAGGUCAGACUCAAGGCCAGCUACGUACCAACUCCGGUGCUCUAAUAGCAGCACAACACAAACAUGUCCAGUUAUUAAUCCAAAAAUAUUCGACAGGAAUGAUUCAUCAGCUGAGAAAUGUCCAGAGUAUUUCAGGUGGAUAUAUGAAGAUUUAAGACCAUGGGAAAAGACUGGACUUACAAGAGAAAUAGUCGAAAGUGGCAUUAAGACGGCCAAUCUCAGAAUUUUGGUAGUUGAUGGAAGAUUGUACAUGGAGCAAUAUACAGGAGUUUUUCAAACAAGAGAUGUGUUUACAAUAUGGGGAAUACUACAACUUCUUAAAUUUUAUCCCGGUAAAAUACCAGACUUAGAUUUCAUGUUUCAUUGUGGUGAUUUACCAGUGAUCCCUAGGAGUGAUUAUAUGGGAGUAAAUGCAUCCAUUCCACCACCAAUGUUUCACUAUUGUGGGGACGACUCAACCUUGGAUUUAGUUUUUCCGGAUUGGUCCUUCUGGGGAUGGCCUGAAAUCAAUAUAAAGCCAUGGGCGCCUCUGAAAAAUGAGCUGAGAAAAGGAACCAAGAAAACAAAAUGGCGGAAGAGAAAACCUUACGCGUAUUGGAAAGGGAAUGCAUGGGUGAGUAAAAACAGAGGAAACCUGAUGAAAUGCAAUGUUACUGAUAAAAAUGACUGGAAUGCUCGGCUAUAUCAAGUUAACUGGGAUCAUGAGUCGAAGAAAGGGUUCAAGCAAACAAAUUUAGCAGACCAAUGCACUCAUAGAUACAAGAUAUAUAUUGAAGGAAGAGCAUGGUCUGUCAGUGAAAAAUACAUUCUUGCUUGUGAUUCCAUGACUCUUCUAGUUAAGCCACAGUUCUAUGAUUUCUUUACUAGAAGUUUACAGCCACUGGUACAUUACUGGCCUAUAAAUAACAAUAACAAGUGCAAAUCAAUUCAAUUUGCGGUGAACUGGGGAAAUUCACAUCAAAACAAGGCUCAAAAAAUUGGAAGAGCAGGGAGCAACUUUAUCCAAGAAGGAUUAAAGAUGAAAAAUGUGUAUGAUUACAUGUAUCAUACACUGAACGAAUACGCAAAGCUGAUGAAGUACAAACCAACAGUUCCACCAAAAGCAAUUGAAGUGUGCUCAGAGACAAUGGCAUGCAAUGAACACGAAGAGUUGAAUAAAAGGUUCAAGAUGGAGUCAAUGGUGAAGAACCCUUCUGAGUCAAGUCCAUGUAUGUUGGCUCCUCCGUUUAGUCGAAAUGAAAUUGAUGCAAUAAAAGAAAAGCAAGAGAGUACAAGAAAACAGGUGGAGGCAUGGGAAGGCAGAGGGAAUGUUAGAAAAGUGAAGUUUUAGUGCAAAAAUUGUAUAGAGUUUGUUGUCUGUAGCCAAACUUCUUUCCAAUUUUUUCUCCCCUUCA